GGGGGUGGGGGGGGGGGGGGGUGGGGGGGGGGGGGGGUGGGGGGGGGGGGGGGUGGGGGGGGGGGGGGGUGGGGGGGGGGGGGGGUGGGGGGGGGGGGGGGUGGGGGGGGGGGGGGGUGGGGGGGGGGGGGGGUGGGGGGGGGGGGGGGUGGGGGGGGGGGGGGGUGGGGGGGGGGGGGGGUGGGGGGGGGGGGGGGUGGGGGGGGGGGGGGGUGGGGGGGGGGGGGGGUGGGGGGGGGGGGGGGUGGGGGGGGGGGGGGGUGGGGGGGGGGGGGGGUGGGGGGGGGGGGGGGUGGGGGGGGGGGGGGGUGGGGGGGGGGGGGGGUGGGGGGGGGGGGGGGUGGGGGGGGGGGGGGGUGGGGGGGGGGGGGGGUGGGGGGGGGGGGGGGUGGGGGGGGGGGGGGGUGGGGGGGGGGGGGGGUGGGGGGGGGGGGGGGUGGGGGGGGGGGGGGGUGGGGGGGGGGGGGGGUGGGGGGGGGGGGGGGUGGGGGGGGGGGGGGGUGGGGGGGGGGGGGGGUGGGGGGGGGGGGGGGUGGGGGGGGGGGGGGGUGGGGGGGGGGGGGGGUGGGGGGGGGGGGGGGUGGGGGGGGGGGGGGGUGGGGGGGGGGGGGGGUGGGGGGGGGGGGGGGUGGGGGGGGGGGGGGGUGGGGGGGGGGGGGGGUGGGGGGGGGG